CUGGCGGGCCACAUCUGGAAUUCAUUGCAAGUCGCCGCCGGAAAGAGGAGGAGAGGAGGGCGGGGCGAGCAGGGAGUUGGGGCCGGAGGCAGCGGCUCUGCCCGCCUCUCUCUUGUCCUGGGUCCCCAACUCCGGGGACAUAGACCUAGCACAGCCUACAGUCUCCAAAACCAGCCACUGGCUGUCCCGGGGCGCAGACGCCAAGGCCACUCAGGCCAGGGCAGGGACCCCGGCCGGCCUAGCCAGACUUCCCCACACCGGAUGUGACAGAGGCUCCGCCAUGUUUGUUCCGGGGAUUUGACACAUCUGGAUUGCAUCCUGGCAGUAGAGGGGGCGCCAGCGCCCUGCCCACCCCCCAGGGACCCACUGUCCCUGGGCGGUGUGAGAUGUGUGGAUGGAAACCAGCUGUUAGAGGAUUUCGUUCUAUUGAGCGUCUGGAGAGAUCCACCUGCCUCAAACUCCCACAUGUUACCAUUCAUGGCUUUAGUCAACGUGGGGUUCAGACUCAGGCACUCCCACUGAGAAGUGCUCAGCCCCAUGGCUCCGGCCGGCCACUGAGCCCCACCAUGGGCGGCUUAUACUCAGAGUACCUCAAUUCUAAGAAGGUUGUGGAACACUACAAUUACACCAAGGAGACGCUGGACAUGCAGGAGACCCCCUCCCGCAAGGUGGCCUCGGCCUUCAUCAUCAUCUUGUGCUGCGCCAUCGUGGUGGAGAACCUUCUGGUGCUCAUCGCGGUGGCCAGGAACAGUAAGUUCCACUCAGCCAUGUACCUGUUCCUUGGCAACCUGGCGGCCUCGGAUCUGCUGGCCGGCGUGGCCUUCGUGGCCAACACCUUACUCUCCGGGCCUGUCACUCUGUCCUUGACUCCUGUGCAGUGGUUUGCCCGGGAGGGCUCGGCCUUCAUCACGCUCUCCGCCUCGGUCUUCAGCCUCCUGGCCAUCGCCAUCGAGAGACAAGUGGCCAUCGCCAAGGUCAAGCUCUACGGCAGUGACAAGAGCUGUCGAAUGCUGAUGCUCAUCGGGGCCUCUUGGCUGAUUUCUCUGAUUCUGGGUGGCUUGCCCAUUCUGGGCUGGAAUUGUCUGGACCAGCUAGAGGCCUGCUCCACUGUGCUGCCCCUCUACGCUAAGCACUACGUGCUCUGCGUGGUCACCAUCUUCUCUGUCAUCCUACUGGCUAUCGUGGCGUUGUACGUCCGAAUCUACUUUGUAGUCCGCUCCAGCCACGCGGAUGUUGCUGGUCCUCAGACGCUGGCCCUUCUCAAGACGGUCACCAUCGUGCUCGGUGUAUUCAUCCUCUGCUGGCUGCCGGCUUUUAGCAUCCUCCUCUUAGACUCCGCCUGUCCCGUGCGGGCCUGCCCUGUCCUCUACAAAGCCCAUUAUUUUUUUGCCUUUGCCACCCUUAACUCGCUGCUCAACCCUGUCAUCUACACGUGGCGUAGCCGGGACCUUCGGAGGGAGGUGCUGCGGCCCCUGCAGUGCUGGCGGCGGGGGAAGGGUGCGCCGGGACGCAGAGGUGGGAACCCUGGUCACCGACUCCUGCCCCUCCGCAGCUCCAGCUCCCUGGAGAGAGGCAUGCAUAUGCCUACCUCACCGACGUUUCUGGAGGGCAACACGGUGGUCUGAAGGGGAAAUGUGAACUGAUGUUUAACCAAACCACAGAAAGCUCUGUGGGGACAGACCAGGUGACCUCAUGCUGUCCCUCAGAGCCACAGGUCUGGAGGAACUGACCACAGCUCAUAGGUCAGGUGGCCAACGGAGGCACUGACUAAUCAGAUUGUAGUACCAUGACUGUGGGGACCAUUAAGGGUCUAGGGUGACAGCAGGCUGGAGCUUAGGGCUAGAUAUUUGCCACUUGGUACAAAGCGUGUCAGCAUUCUGUCUGUCCUGUCUUCCAGCCUCCUGGUUCCUUUCCUGCCUCCUCCUUUUUAGGGCCUCUCUAUGUAGGCCUGACCGGCUAGAACUUGCUCUGCAGACCAGGCUGACCUGGAACUUGCAGAGAUUGUUCUACCUGUCCUGUUCUGAGUGCUGGAAUUUUAAAGCUGUGUACCACCACACCCAGCUCCUGCCACCUUCCAUAAACAACCUUAGGCCACUUGCGGAAACACUGUCCCCGGCGGACGCAGGCUUCUUCCCUGUCUCUCUGAGGCCUAAAUCCACAGCUUCCCCAAUUUCGCCAACUGCUGCUUCUUUCCUUCCCUUUCAGGUUCCGGGAAAGGAAGCCGCUGUGGGGGCAGGGAGGAGUCCUGGAACCCCAGCCUUUAUUCUCAGAUCUCAUUGACCACCUGCUUUAUUGGGGAUCAGAGACAAAACAGUUGAGGCAAUUCGGGACAGAUAUUGAGGAGACUUUGGGCUUCCUGGUGAGAACACUCUAGGGGGAGGUAUUGAUCACCCCUGGAACUCCUACCCCCACACCCUGCCUCCCUCCCCAGAGCUCAUUACCCCUUCAUCCUACCCCUGGUACCACAUCCCCUAAGGCAGAGCAGCCUUGAGCUGGAUGUGGCUGCUUGCAAUUUGUCUGUUGUUUUUUUUUAAUUAGGACAGGGUCUCAUGUAGGCCAGGCUGGUCUCCAACUCACUAUGUAGCCAAGACUGGCUUUGGACUUCUGAUCCUCUUGCCUUCCCUUCUGGCGUGCCAGUGUCUGUAUCACAGGGGUGGGGUGUACCACCACCACCACCACCACCACUUGUCUUGAAAAUUACCAUGAAUGACAUAGUUCACAUAGCGUGGGUGGCCACGGACACUCCUGGGUACUCUUGUGGCAUCUUCCCUUGAAGGACUUUGCUAAAUCCUGUGGAGAAAGAGAAAAUCCAAUACGGUACAAACUGUAUUUAUAUGUGUCUGUCUGUGUCAAUGUGGGGUCCAUGACCUCCUACCCCACUGUGGGUGCCGUCUGACCUCUUAUGUGCACAUCCGUGUCCAGACUACUAGAGAGACGGACGGGGUGUGUGUGUUUGUGGGGGUCUGGCCAUGAUCAGGCCUCCUGGGAACUGCUGAUUCAUCUCUCCCACGCGUAGAAACCUCCGCCUUAAAGAAAUCUGUGAAAGGAAGGGGUUAGGAAGGGGAGAUUUGGGAGCACGGGGCCAGUCGGGAGUGAGUCUCCCUCACAGGCUUCCCAGAUGUCCUCCUUGUGCUGGAAACCCAGAUCUGGGCCAAUAAACAGUUCAAUUUCUCUUG